AUGUGGGCCUGGCUGGGCGACAACGGGCAUCCGCAGCGGUACGAGCAGGCGACGAGCGACCUCCUCGAAGCCUUCUACCUGCAGGACGGCGAUGCGGCGCGCGCGAGGAUCGAUAUCGGCGGUGUCACAUACGUGACCUUCGAGUGCCGGGACUCUUCGGCGCUCGAUUUGGCGGCGGUGCUGCGCUGGCGCGUGCUCCGGCCGGGCGAGUGGGACGAGGGCGCCACCGACCCGAUCCUGAUGUGCGAUCUCGGCGAGGAUGGCGAGUCGGUCGUUCGGCUGCCGUGCCACUCGGACGCGAUCAGCUGCACCUUCAACCGGUCGACCGUCGAGCAGGCCUUCGCCUCGUCGCCAAAGUGCCCGACGUGCGGCCAGCCCUACCCGCUGCCGGGGCCGCAGCCGAGCGGAGUGAUGCGCUGCCGCGCGAGCGGCGCGUACGACUGCGACGGCCACCCGGGCUGCGGCGUGAUCGAGGCGCCGCCCGGCUCCAAUCAGGCGCACGCGUCGCCAGGCACCUCCGGGCCGCAGCACCCGCGCCCUGGGACGGCGUACUCGGGUACGCGGCGCGCGGCAAUCCUGCCCAACGACGCGACGGGCCGCGAGGCGCUCGCGCUGCUCCGCGCCGCCUUUGCGCAGGGCAAGGCGUUCGCGACGCAGCCCAUGGGCGGCGAGACGCGGCACGGCUGGCCCGACGCAACCUACCUCGACCGACUCCGCAGCGAGUGCGCCACGGCCGCGGUCGUCCCGCCGUGA